CUAUAAAUAGGCUGUAUCAUUGUUUUUGAAAUAAUUUGUUCUUCUUUACUAUUGCGUAUCGUUAAAAGCACUUCUAGUUUGCAGAAUUUCCUUUGCAGAUUUCUUAGUUUGGACUUGUAAACCAUAUUUAAUUGUCAGAUUCAUGUGAAUUCCUGUCUUGCCGAUCAGUUGCUCCACUACAGAAAAUUUAAAUACCAAAAAAAGAGUGGACCACAGACGUAGCGUGUUCUGUGUUCUUUUGAAACGGAGCCAGGAAAUGAAUCACACUGUGAGAUACUCCUUUCAGCUGAGCAAAGUUCACAUUUGCCAUACGUUGAUACGACACGAUGGAUCAAGGAAGACAAUCUUCAGAGACUUUGUUUUGCUCGAUCAUCACUAGGUGCCCCAUCCAAGCAAGAGAAAGCAAGGAAUAGAAGCAGAACUCUUUCUUUGAGGAAGCUCAUUCCUUUUACAUGGAACCAGCAGCGAAGGAGAACAUUUCUUCAGGAAACAUGUCCACCAAUUUGUCAAAUCCGGUGGACUCGAGUUUCAGGUACACUCUCUUCCCGAUCUUCUACAGCCUGGUGUUUUUUAUGGGACUGAUAUGCAACUCCUAUGUGCUUUGGGUUUUCAAUAAAAUGCACCAAUCCAGGGGGAUGAAUGAGAUCAAGAUCUAUAUGAUUAACCUUGUCGUGGCGGACUUGCUGUUUGUGGCUGCUCUCCCACUCUGGAUUGUUUAUUACCAUAAAAAUGGCAACUGGAUAUUUCCGGAGUUCCUGUGCACCCUUUCAGGCACCAUGUUCUUUAUCAACACCUACUGUUCCAUUGCUUUCUUGGCGGUCAUCAGCUUCAAUCGCUACCGAGCCGUAACAAGGCCUCUGGAAGCUGCCAGCUCAGACCAGCGGAAACGAGGCAUCAUAGUGUCCGGGAUCAUAUGGGUCUUAAAUCUGUGCUGUGCUGGUCCGUAUUUGUUCGAUACACACGUCCACAAGAUCGACGAAGAUUAUUACCGGUGCUACGAGGGCUACAAUAAGACAGACUAUGAAGCAAAUAAGAAGGUGGCCACAAUUCAUUUCCUGAUCAUUGCCUUGUUUUUCUUCAUUUUCCUCCUGGUUAUUAUUUGCAACCUCCUUAUCAUCCGGACACUCUUAUCCCAGCCGGUGCCACAGCAGAACAGCCGGAAGACAGGGGUCAAGCAGCGAGCCCUGUGGAUGGUGUGCGCCGUGCUGGGAGUCUUCAUCAUCUGCUUCGUCCCCCACCACAUUAUCCAAGGCCCCUGGACUUUGGCCAUCUUGAAUCUUUGGACGACAUCGCAGGAUGUAAAACAGCGCUUGAACGAUGCCCACCAAAUCACCCUCUGCCUCAUGGGUCUCAACUGCCUUCUCGAUCCCAUUGUCUACUGCUUUGCUACGCGGAAAUUCAAGAUCCACCUCAUGAUGCGCCUCAAGAUGUUCAAGGAAAGCCGGAAGUGCUCCAGGUACACCAGCGACAUGGGCGUUUCCAUGGAAUUACAGCCCCACAACCACCCCGUGGAACCAAAUGAGACGCCCUUAGCAUAGAGGCUAGCAGCUCCCUGACAUCUAAUUUUCUUCCCAAAGCAUCGAGCACUGACUUAGCUGAGGUUCCCUGAGAAUUUUCCACCAUUAACCAAGAGACAGCACAAGAAAGUCACUGGAAUAAAAUGUUUUUCCUGAACCAAGUUUGAGUGACAAGUGGAUGGAAGUUACAAAACUGCCGGUCGAAAGGAAUUUCAAGCUCACUAUGGGACACAAAGGAACACGCCCGCUCUUCCUGAUGCAAGACAGAGAAACAGAUAUUAGCGUCUUUGGGGAGCAAACUCAGGUUUAUGAAGUCAAUCAGCAGGAAAGUCUUUGAGGAAAAUUUUGAGAGCAAGGAUGUCAUGUAUAUCAAACAAAAAAAUGCCAUUGUAGUAACUGUAGAAUCGGCAUCAGAAAUUUUUCACAGCAGAGAAUUCAGCUUCUGCGGUUUAAGUUUUUUUAGAACAUUUGGAAAGAACUUGAGAUAUCUGAGCUUUAUAUUCAUUUAAAAUUAAUAUCAGAGCUUGGAAUUCUGAAUUAUUAUGUAGUCAAUAACAUACAUUAACCUCUUGUCUAACUGAUUAAUUUGUAACUCAUGGUAGAUCUGGAGUGACAGAAACCUUAAUUCUAUGUAUUUCUUACAUAAACUGACAUGAGAUACAGCGUUACAUUUAGAGUAUUGCGACAAGUGGAAAAUGUUAUUUUAUUUUAAAAGGGGGGGAUUACAAACAUUAACUGAUUUGUUAAUGUAAUGAAAUAAUGAAGGAAGAGUGAGUAUGUUUAUUCACAGCGAUUUUUAGUAUUUAAAAGUGCAGAUCACUCUCAGGAAUGAUUAAUUUACUUGAAUGUGAAAAUAUUAAAAACUAUCAUGCUUUUAAAAUAUUUUAAAAUAUAAAAAUUCUUCUGAAUUAAAUUUACAGCACAGCAGUCCUAUGAGAACUCAAGCUGGCCUUCGAGUGCUUUGUUUUCAGAACUGUUUUAAAAAUGAUGCUUUUGUUUUGUUUUAAGCAAAGUGUUUUAACAAAUUGCUUUACUACAGAUGUACAUUUGUAAAAUUAGAUCUAAAAAUAAGCACAUUUGUAAUAUACCCUGUUUGUUACAAAACAGUUACAUGCUAGCUUUUUUAGUUUUUUAGUUUUUAGAAAAAAGGGGUAAUUCUACAUACAUUGCAAGUUAAAAUAAGUCUGCUUUAGCCUCCCUUAUCAAGAGCUUUAACUGUGAUAGUUUUAAUCUGUUUUCACAAAAUCAUAAAUAGAUAAUAAUUCUUAAAUUUUUUCAGAAAUAUUACAGUUUUUUUGAGCAAAUGCAACACUUACGUGACUACUGUGCUUUUUAUGGAGUAUUCUUAAAGCAAUUCCAUAUUUGUUUUUUGUUUAGCUGAGCAAUGUGUCAGAAGGGUUAUGCUUUUAUUAUGAGUGGUUUGAAAAACUGGUUUUGUAACCCAUGUAAUGAAUAAUUAAUUAGAGGGUAAUUCUUGUACACUGUUUGCAAAGAAUUCCUAUAGGGUCUGGUUUUAAUUAGUUGUGGGGACAAAAUAUUUAAAAUAUUUAAGUGGAGCUCAAAAGAAAGUGACUUUGCAAUUUCACCAGAAAGCCUGAAAAUGUUUUCUGCCUGAUGUCUGAAGAAUCUGAAGUAAGAAAAUGAAUUUUCCCUUGUAUCUUGUAUCUUGUAUCUUGUAUUGAAGUCAUCUUGACAUGCAACUUUUUUGGGCCAGUGGGCUAAACAUCAAAUUCAGCAGUCCAGGAGUUUCCAAACUCAGCUGAAAGAGAUCAUCCUGCUGUAUGCAACAUUGGAAAGACAAUGGGAAGGGUUUGGGAUUUGUUCUGGCUGAAUUAUACUAUUAUAUGAAUUCUGUUUGUGCAAAUAUUUUAAAGAUAUUUUAAAAAAUUAAGCCAUCUAGAAGAACAGCUGAGAAGCAGAGGAUCAAUUUUUUUAUCUACUAGAUAUAUCAGUGUUGAAAGAAAAAGUAAUAUCAUUGUUAAAGGAUUUUUUGGUAACUCAUGGUUUGAUUGCAUACCAAGUGUCUGCGUGUUAUAAACCUGUUUGAGAUGGACAUUGUUUAAAUGUGAAGAUCACCUGAAAGCUAUUGUAACAAUAUGAAAUGAAGAGGGUAACACCUCCUUACUGUGAUCCGAUCAUCUUUGUUCCCUGCAAUUAGAACAAUUUCUUUAUCUAAUAUGUUUACAGAAACGUUAAAGAAACUAAUUACUUCAGUGUAGUACAUGAUUGAGCUAUUAUAAUUAAAUCAGAUGUAUGUAUAUAGCUGACACUUCAUUAACUGAAGGAUACCUGAAAUUGUUGAGCUGAAUGAGCCUUUUUGUUAUGUGUUGUAUUUGGUACGUUACUGUAUUUUUACUUACCAUGUUAAAUAUGCAUUUUUGGUACAAUGAGUUUGAGUAUUGUUUUUCAAAAUAAA